CGACAGGCAGGUCGACGACGCUGAAGCCUUCCACUCGCUUCCCUAAGACACGCAUCAUUACUUUCGGACCCUCACUUGUUCACCUUCACAGUCUGCGAGCCUCUUUAGACCAGAUCGAGGCUUGUCUAGUUUCCGCAUCGCUCGGGAAGCCGCCCUCUCACUUGGCCAAUACCUGGAGUCCGGAUAUGCUGCGCGACACAGGUCAAAAUGGCAGAGACAAAAAUGCAGCUAGUAGACUGGCUGGAUGACUUAUGUGUUCGUUUCAUCAUCAACCUCCCACAAGAAGAGCUCGAAAGCGUCGCGCGAAUCUGCUUCCAGGUCGAGGAAGCCCAGUGGUUUUAUGAGGAUUUCAUUCGUCCCACAGACCCCUCCUUACCCUCGCUCAACCUGCGCGACUUUUGUCUGCGCAUCUUCCAACAUUGCCCCCUCCUCUCGACCUUUUCCGACUCGCAACAUACCGCCGCCUACCAAGAGUUCCUCGCCUACAAGACCCGCGUCCCAGUCAGGGGCGCCAUCCUACUCAACCAUGACAUGGACCAGGUAGUCCUCGUCAAGGGCUGGAAAAAGAGCGCUACAUGGAGUUUCCCUCGUGGAAAGAUCAACAAGGAUGAACCGGAUCUUGAUUGUGCCAUCCGUGAAGUCUGGGAAGAGACAGGCUACGACAUUGCUACUGCUGGUCUGGCCAAUGACGACCAGAAGUACAUUGACGUGACGAUGCGAGAACAACAUUUGCGAAUGUUUGUCUUCCGCGGUGUCCCUCUCGACACUUUCUUUGAGCCCAAGACUCGCAAGGAGAUCAGCAAAAUUGCUUGGUACCGCUUGACAGAUCUACCAUCGUACACUCACAAGAAGCAAAACAACAGGGUCAUCUCACACCAGCAAGAUGGUAAUGCUGACCAGGGCACUGUUAGUGCCAACAAACUCUACAUGGUUGCUCCGUUCUUGCCACCUCUUAAGAAAUGGAUCAAUCAGCAAAAGAAGCGCGAUGUCGCUCGUCAAGCUCAGGUCGAAGCCGUAGUCGAAGAGAGUUUGGAUAUUCCGUCCGACACGCCCGUGCCCGAGGUUCCAUCUGCCAAUGCUGCUUUCGAGCUGAAACGUUUGUUGAGUGUCAACGUGCCGGAAUCACCUCAGACAGGUGGCGGAGAAGAAAAUCAGGCAAACGCAUUGCUGGCCAUGCUUCGCGGGAAUGCCUCUGCAGGUGGAUUGGCUCCUCCGACAGACGACCUACCACCUGUGACUCCUCUGGAUCAAGUGACGAGCACGCCUCCGGAGCCUGGUACUCCACACUAUCAGCACCAUCAGCCUUCGCCUGCGGUCAGACAGCAACCUCCUCCAGGUUUCCCAUUCCCCUCGCCUGCUCAUCAACGCAAUCCAUCUCUUCAUCCACCAGGCUUCUUUGGUCAGAACGCUCACCAAAAUCUGCAACGUGUCAUGCCUCAAAUGUCGCACAUGUCGCAACAGCCUCCUCAAGCCGUCCAACAUAUCCACCCUCAAGGCCCACAUCCCUCUAUGCAACAGCAAUUGUUCCCUGGAGGUCACCCUGUUCCCAUUGCUCAUGGUCCAGUCGCUCCUUCAGCCUCUCAGUUGCCCGCUCCACGACUCAACAAUCAUGCUAUGAACCUGCUGAGUGCUUUCAAGAUCCCUUCGCAAUCUCCCGUUUCGCAUCAUGCUAUGCCCUACGGCAAUGACUCCAUGGCCUUCCCCAGCCCUAACCAAGGUCACAUGCAGCCCCAACAACAAUCCCCAAUGGGAGAUUCUCAACACGUACGACGACGAUCUGCACACCAGAAUUCGCUAUUGGGUCUUUUCAAGUCCCCUGAUCCUCCGAGGGCGGUUCCGGUUUCUCAAGCCCCUCAGGCAACCCUACCAACUCAGGGUGCCCAGUCUCCUGCGCCACCCGCAUCCAUUACCACGACAGCAACUCCUCAACAGAGAAAUAUGAACCUGGCAAUGAUGACAAGGACUUUACCAAAGGCCAAGCCCACUCCACCACCUGCGCCAAUCAACCAAGGCGCGAAUAUGUUCCCUGCGAAACAAGCCGUGCAGGAAGUCCAAGCAAAACAAACCAGGUCUACGCCAGAGGCUUCGGGUAAGAACUUUGCUCCUGAUGCUCCACGUGCUCCCAUGUCCAUUCUCCCAAGGCCCGGUUCUGCAGCCACUAGAGGGUCUCCAGCGCCACCAGCACCAGAGUCAAUUCAAACGCCACACAAAUUGAGACGAGGCAACAAGGGCGAAUCGCCAGCCAGCUUCACCAUUCUGCAACGUCCUUCGCCUCGGGCCGAUCAGAACGGGUCACCUGAAAUGCCUCAGGUCAGGCAACCACCUCCCAAGCAAGCUACUCCGAAGCAAGCAUCACCGAGAAAAUCUGCGCCGAGAAAGGCGCAAGAAGCACCAAAGCAAUUCCAGCCGCAAAUCCUACAGAGACCGAAGGUUGAAGUUUCUGGAGCUGGUUCAAGCGUGGAGCAGCCGCUACAGAAUGCGGGAGAGCAACGCAAUGCGCUUCUCGCUUUGUUCGCAAAACAGAACCCUGGACUCGCACCUGCUGACAGUAGAUCUGGAUCCGCCAUGUCGAACAACUCGGGUGCACCCUUGCCAACGGAUCCCUCAAUCUUCAGAUCGCGGUUGGCAAGUGCCUCUUCAGCAGUAAGCAACGGAGGAGAUAACGAUGGACUUAAGUCGCCAUCUACGCCAGUCGAAGCCAAAGGCUUUUUGCUCGACUACCUCAAUGGCGUGGUGAAGAACGAGAAGAACAAGGCUCCCAAGAGAGGCCCUGUCUAAUCGUGAGAAGAUUUAUGGAAGAGACGGAAGGGAGGGUAUAGUUGGUCGAAGUCAUAGGAUCACAUAUAUCGCAAGACAAGAAGACAUUCAUUUAAUGGCCAUUCUGCAAUGUACAAUCUAC